GGUUUCUCUUGCAGUUCAUCAUGCUGACGUACAUCUUCAUGUUGGCGUGGUUGGGAGUGACAGCCUUCACCUCACUGCCCGUCUUCAUGUACUUCAACGUCUGGGCGCUCUGUCAAAACAUCACCCUGGUCGACUCCACCGACCUCUGCCUUGACCUCCGUCAGUUCGGUAUCGUCCCCAUUCACGAACAGAAGACGGUGUGCGCCUUGAACGACAGCUUCAGCAAACUCUGCCAGUCCACUGAUCUGAACAUGACGUUCCAUUUGUUCAUCGUGGCCCUAGCUGGGGCGGGAGCUGCCGUCAUUGCUAUGAUCCACUACCUGAUGGUGCUGUCUGCCAACUGGGCGUAUGUGAAGGACGCGUGCCGGAUGCAGAAGUACGAGGACAUCAAGUCCAAGGAGGAGCAAGAGCUUCACGACAUCCACUCCACCCGCUCCAAGGAGCGGCUAAACGCCUACACAUAGACCGCCCGCAUGCCCGCACCCCACUGGCCACUGUGUGUCCCAGCGCCACUGCCCACCACUGCCCUUCCUUACCCACCUCCUACCAGCCCACUGCCCACCACUGCCCCUCCUUACCCACCCCCCACUGACCAUUGCCUCUGUGUGUCCCAGCCCCACUGACCAUUGCUCUCUCACCCCCUCCCCCUCCUCAUCCCCCCCUUACUCCCCCUCCCCUCCACACUCCAUCCUCUCCCUCACCCCCC